AUGUCAGACCAAGUCGAAAAACUUGACUCUAUCAGUAGCGAACAUACCGCAUCUGUUUCAAAAUAUUUCCAGAAUACUGAUGAGAUGGAAGGACAAGACAAUGGAGUAGAAGUUACUAGUCAAUCCAUUAAGAAAACAGAGAAGUCGAGUCAAGAUAACGAAAACCUGUUCUCUCAAGACAUGCAUGAGGAAGAGGUUGUGUGUGACAAAGAGGAGCAAACUGCAGAAAUCAACAAGGAAACUAAGGAAGCCAAUAAUGUGCAAGAAGAUUUUGCAAAAACCAUGAGUGAAUUGGGGGAUGUAAGGCUUUCAGAAGAAGUGAAGGAGAGACAUAUUUCACCUGAGAGGGAUCAUGGUCAUGAUGAUCAUGCAAAUGAAUCUGAUGAAGAUGAGAUACCACUUGUUUUUAAGCUGAGAAAAAUAUUUGGGAGUGAACCUGCAUCCACAGCCAAUAAAGCAAAAGGUACCAAAAAGACCAGAGGUUCUCCGGUAAAAAGUCGAUUGAUUGAUGAAAUUGAGCUAGUCAAUGUGGAAACUAUAGCUGUAAAUGAUGAUGAUGAUGAUGAUGAAGUAGAGAUAAAAGGGGAAGAUGCUCCACUUGAGAAGAAAAAUUCUAAGAAGAAUAAGGAGGAAAAUAAGAAGCACAGUGAGCAAAGAGUCACACCAGUUGGGGGUGACAAGUCGACAAAAGAAUCUAAACCUUCAAAGAAAAGGAAGAGCAGAAACAAUGAGGAAUCAGGUUCCUCAAAGAAGUAG